AUGCAUUUACUAUCUAUCUAUCUAUCUAUCUAUCUAUCGCAGCUUGUUCAUAUCUAUCUAUCUAUCUAUCUAUCUAUCUAUCUAUCUAUCUAUCUAUCUAUCUAUCUCAGUCUAUUAAUAUCUAUCUAUCUAUCUAUCUAUCUAUCUAUCUAUCUAUCUAUCUAUCACAGCAUGUUCAUAUCUAUCUAUCUAUCUAUCUAUCUAUCUAUCUAUCUAUCUAUCUAUCUAUCUCAGUCUAUUAACAUCAUCUAUCUAUCUAUCUAUCUAUCUAUCUAUCUAUCUAUCACAGCUUGUUCAUAUCUAUCUAUCUAUCUAUCUAUCUAUAUAUAUAUAUAUAUAUAUAUAUAUAUAUAUAUAUAUAUAUAUAUAUAUUCCAGUCUACUUAUAUCUAUCUAUCUAUCUAUAAAUUAUCUAUCUAUCUAUCUAUCUAUCUAUCUAUCUAUCUAUCUAUCUAUCUAUCUAUCUAUCUAUCUAUUUAUGUAUCUAUCUAUUCAUAUCUAUCUAUUUAUUUAUAAAUUAUCUAUCUAUCUAUCUAUCUAUCUAAAUAUAUACUGCUAUCUCAGGCUGGUCAUUAUCUAUCUAUCUAUCUAUCUAUCUAUCUGUUAUGGUCCAGUCCUUUACAUUUCUUUCUUUCUUUUUUCUUUCUUUCUUUCUUUUUCAUUCUUUCUUUCUUUUCAUAUUGUCUUUAUCCUUUCUUUCUUUCUUUCUUUCUUUCUUUCUUCUCACUCACUUUACCCUUUAUUUAUAGUCCUUCUCCUUUCUUUCUUUUUCCUUUCUUUCUUUCUUUCUUUCUUUCUUUCUUUCUUUCUUUCUUUUCAAGUAGUCCUUCUCCUUUCUUUUUCCUUUCUUUCUUUCUUUCUUUCUUUCUUUCUUUUUCCUUUCUUUCUUUCUUUCUUUUUUCUUCGUAUCUUUCUUUCUUUUCAAGUAGUCAUUCUCCUUUCUUUCUUUCACCUUUCUUUCUUUUCUUUUUUUUCUUCAUAUCUUUCUUUCUUUUCACGUAGUCCUUCUCCUUUCUUUCUGUCUUUCUUUCUUUCUUUCUUUCUUUCUUUCUUUUCAUAUUGUCUUUAUCCUUUCUUUCUUCCUUUCUUUCUUCUUCGUAUCUUUCUUUCUUUUCAUGUAAUUCUUUACCUUUCUUUCUUUCUUUCUUUCUUUCUUUCUUCUCACUCAUUUUACCCUUUAUUUAAUUCAUUUUUUUCCUUAGUUUUUUCUUUUUCCCUUUGCAUUUUCAUUUAUUUUUAUCCGUUUUUUUUCUUUCUUUCUUUUCAUAUUGUCUUUAUCCUUUCUUUCUUUCUUUCUUUCUUUCUUUUUUCUCCAUAUCUUUCUUUCUUUUCACGUAGUCCUUCUCCUUUCUUUCUGCCUUUCUUUCUUUCUUUUCAUAUUGUCUUUAUCCUUUCUUUCUUUCUUUCUUUCUUUCUUUCUUUCUUUCUUUCUUUCUUUCUUUAUUCAUUCAUUUCUUUCUUUCUUUCUUUCUUUCUUUCUUUCUUUCUUUCUUUCUUUCUUUCUUUCUUUCUUUCUACUUUUUCCCAUUUUCUUCCCUCUUUCUUUCACUCUUUCCAUAAAUCUCUUACAUGCCCUGAUUUUAGAAAUCCCACCCUAACCUUUCAUCCCACGCAGCUCAUCACUAGACAACUGUCGUUCUCCAUCUUCCUUCCUUCAUUCAGUUUCUUUUUUCUUCUUUUUUUUUUUUUUGCCGCGAAAUUAGGUUUUACUCACCGUAACCCUAUUAAUAUCUAUCUAUCUAUCUAUCUAUCUAUCUAUCUAUUUCAGUCUUUAAAUAUCUAUCUAUCUAUCUAUCUAUCUAUCUAUCUAUCUAUCUAUCUAUCUAUCUAUCUCAUCCUAUUCAUAUCUAUCUAUCUAUCUAUCUAUCUAUUUAUCUAUCUAUCUAUCUAUCUAAUUCUGUAA